AUUGAGCACACGUGUAGCUACAUCUACCAGUGUGAGAAUUGUUUAGAAUAUUUACAUUUGUGAUUUUGAAAUAAAAUUUUUUUCUCCAAUAAAAAAAAAUGUCUGAUUCUUCAGCCGAUGAAGAUAUUAUUGAUAAUAAUGAUGAAAAAGAAAUAGAACAAGAACAUAAUGAAAAUUCCGAAAAUUUUCUUCUUAAUCCUGAAACAAAAGAUUCAUUACGAGAAGAAACGGCAACAUUUCAAUCAUUAGGUGUUUGUGAUGUAUUAUGUGAAGCUUGUGAAUCAUUGAAAUGGACCAAACCAUCAAAAAUACAGAUUGAAGCCAUACCAUUAGCACUAGAAGGACGUGAUGUUAUUGGCUUAGCUGAAACUGGAUCCGGUAAAACUGGAGCAUUUGUUUUGCCCAUACUACAAGCAUUAUUGGAUAAUCCAUUACGAUUAUUUGCAUUGAUUCUUACACCUACACGUGAACUUGCAUUUCAAAUCAAUGAUCAAAUCAAAGCAUUGGGAACUAGUUUCGGUGUUACAACAGCCACAAUUGUCGGUGGAAUGGAUAUGAUGACACAAUCAUUAGCAUUGGCUAAACGUCCACAUAUUAUCGUUGCUACACCUGGUCGUUUAGUUGAUCAUCUAGAAAAUACUAAAGGAUUUCAUCUUCGUACAUUGAAAUUCUUGGUACUUGAUGAAGCUGAUCGUAUAUUGAAUAUGGAUUUUGAAAAAGAAGUUGAUACCAUAUUGAAAGUGAUACCACGUGAACGACGUACAUUUAUGUUUUCGGCUACAAUGACAUCUAAAGUGCAAAAAUUACAACGUGCAUCACUAAAAGAUCCUGUUCGUGUGGAAGUAUCAAGUAAAUAUAAAACCGUCGAUAAUCUUCAACAAUAUUAUCUAUUUGUUCCCGUUAAAUAUAAAGAUUGUUAUUUAGUCUAUAUAUUGAAUAGUUUGCAAGGUAAUUCAUUCAUUAUAUUCUGUAAUACAUGCAAUCAAACACAACGUAUAGCAUUAAUGUUACGUAAUCUUGGUUUCAACGCUAUACCAUUACAUGGACAAAUGUCACAGGCAAAACGUUUAGGAUCAUUGAAUAAAUUUCGUUCGAAAGCACGAAGUAUAUUAUUGGCAACAGAUGUUGCUAGCCGUGGUCUUGAUAUACCUCAUGUUGAUUUUGUCAUCAAUUAUGAUAUACCAACACAUAGCAAAGAUUAUAUACAUCGUGUUGGUCGUACAGCACGUGCUGGUAGAUAUGGUAAAGCCAUUACUAUUGUAUCACAAUAUGAUGUUGAAUUAUAUCAACGUAUUGAACAUUUAUUGGGCAAACAAAUGCCAAAAUAUUCACCAAUCGAUGAUGAUGAAGUAAUGUUAUUCCAGGAACGUGUAUUACAAGCACAAAGAUUUGCUAAAAAUGAAAUGAACGAUGCUGGUGUUGGUAAAAAUCGAAAACGUAAAAAUAAUGAUAAUAAUGAUGCUGGAAAUGAUGAUGAUGAUGAUGAUAACGAUGGCGAUUCAUUGAAAAAUACAGCAAGAGGGAAACGGAAAAUGUUUAUUAAUAAAAAUCGUCGUCAAAAUAAUAAUAAUUUGAAUGGAAAAAAAUUUAUGAAAAAAAGAUGA